AUGGAAUAUAUGGAAGACAUGCUGAAAGUUUCCGAUUCUGAAGGGCUCGAGAGAAGCCAUCUUGACAAGAGAGACUGCGGGGAUCUCAUCGCCGAUGUCUUCUCGGAAAUGCUCCUGGUCCAUGGACAUGUACAUGGUGACCCGCACAACGGCAACGUGUAUCUCAACGUGAACAGCUGCGGGAAGAAAGGAUGCAAGCCGGGGUUGAUCCUCCUCGACCAUGGACUCUACCACAACAUCUCAGACAACAUGAGGAGAGACGUCUGCAAGCUUCUAAUCGCCAGCGUCUCUCCUUUUGCAUCCCGAGCUCAGCGUGAAAGGCUGGCAAGGAGGUUCGCAGCCGCCAAGCAGCAGCUCCCGGACAGCAUCUCCGUCAAGGACGUGGGAGACUGUCUGGUCGCCAUGCACGGGCAGCAGGAGGGAGGGAAGGAGGAGGAGGGCAACAUGCUGGGCGUGCUUCACUCCCUCGGCUACACCCGCGGCCUCCUCAACAGCCUCCGCUACUCGGAGAAGCUCCGACUGAAGAGCCUCGUCAAGUUCGCCUACAUCGGGCUGCUGGAGGAGGAGGAGAGGCGAGUAGCGCUGGCCUACUACUGCGGGGAAGGAGAUAUGAAGCCUUCCUGGUUGGUGCGAGCGCGGGUCUCGCUGGGGAGCCUGUAUGUGGACUUCCUUGCGCUGCUCAUUCCGGUGCUGCUCUUUCUCGGCCCCUUCCUCUUCCUCUACGAGGUUCUGCGCAGCUUCGUAUUCUUCUGGUAA